AUGUCGUCACCUUCCAAAAACAAGAGGAAGGAAGACACAACUCUUCCCUCAACAUCUCCCAACACGUCCAAACCAACAGCAGAGUUUACGCCACUUAUAGCUCAUGGAAAGAUGGACACUUCAGGACCGUCUGGACUAAGUCAACUACUUUCCAGUGAGGAGGCUCAUAACCCGGCUGUCAACCCUACUCCACGCACCGAUGCUCCUUCAAAUACUGACAGAAGCAGCUUGGAUUCGGGUCCACCUGAGUCUCUUCUGAUUGUGGCUGACCCGCCUGGACCGACUCCACCAAAUGCUUUGUGUCGGUUGUCAGUGGUAGAAGGAAAGGUCAAAGAGUUGGAGAGGAGGGUCUCGCACCUUGAGUCUUGCUGCUGCUUGAUGAUGUAG